UCAGCGGUUUGCCGUCCGGGUCCAUCGCCUCCUCGCCCACUUGCUCCUCAAUCUCUGCCAGGAUCGACUCACGUGUCUCCUUUGACCAAUGCGAUGGCAGGAUGUCAGCGUCGUCCAGGGGAGGCAUGUCAGCCGAUGGAAGCCGAUGGCCGUUCCCUUCGCUGCAGACAUACACAACACACACACACAUGUGUGUGCCGCAGAUGCCGACAUUGACGCUGUCUUUCACAUACUCGAUAUAUCGAUGUGGUGGUUGAUUCUGAUGCUCAGUAGCAGGGACAUCGGACCAGGGAGGUGAGGCCGCAAACGCUGGCAGACCUUGCUGAGACGAUUGCCGUUCACCGAAGACAUGGACGUCCCACGAAACACGUCCUGAGAGUGAGUGCCCAUGAUGAAUCAUGUGAUGAAAUGCAUCUCGAUUCAUCACCCAUCUUACCAUCAGACUGAUGAUGGCCGAGACGAGGGAGCAACAUAAUCCUGGACACCACGUGUCGCGCGCCUCCAUGCUCUGCAUCGCAAGGAUCAGGGCAUCGUUGUAUAUGGGGAAGGUGGCGGUGCAGCAGUCGGCCGUCUGGCACUCGAGACGGCCGGCGGUCUCCAGGAAGCCUAGGUCGUGCAACAGCUGAUAGAACCGGGUCUGCACUGAGUCCCCCAU